UUGCGAUGUUGCGACGUGCCUGGCGUGACGUCAUUGUGGGCUGGGCUGACCUACCCGUUACGUUGUCGACACCGGAUGUUCAGUUAUGAGCGAGCAACCGUAGAGGGACGACACCGGCACUUGAAAGCCAGUAAAGGCAACACAUCAAAGUUCGUCGUCACUCUUCUUUUUUUUCUCCGGUCUCAAGUGAAAACGUCAGUUUAAGAAAAUGGAUUCGUCAGAAAACAAGCAAAACGAAUCGAGCAGCAGUUCGGUUUAUGUCCAUAACCCUCACCUGGCUGAAAUGAAAGAGGACAUCCUCUACCACUUAAGUCUUGCAACAGAAACUCAUGACCUACCAGCUAUGUUUGGUGAUGUUAAGUUUGUGUGUACUGGGGGCAGUGCCUGGAGAAUGAAAAAAUUCACUGAAUUCAUUGCUGCUGAGCUGGGUAUGGAGGACCCCAAAUCUGACUACCCAAACAUCUGUGCUGGCACAGACCGCUAUGCCAUGUACAAAGUUGGCCCUGUACUCUGUGUCAGUCAUGGAAUGGGUAUUCCAUCGAUUGCCAUUAUGUUGCAUGAGCUGAUAAAGCUCCUCCAUCACGCACGCUGCACUGAUGUUACAAUUAUACGCAUUGGGACAUCAGGUGGAAUAGGGCUUGAACCAGGCACCAUCGUUGUUACCAAACAAUCCCUGGACGGCAUGUUCCAGCCCAAGUUUGAGCAGGUGAUCCUGGGGAAGACUGUGGUGCGCAAUGUUGAUCUGGACCAAGGUUUGGCCGAGGAGCUGUUGAAGUGCAGCAAAGAACUGAACCAGUUUGAGACUGUGAUAGGAAACACCAUGUGUACACUGGAUUUCUAUGAAGGACAAGCCCGUUUGGAUGGUGCUUUCUGCUCCUACACUGAGAAGGAUAAACAGGACUUCCUCCAUAAAGCCAAAGAAGCAGGAGUCUGCAACAUUGAAAUGGAGUCAUCAGUUUUUGCUGCUAUGUGUAAUCUGAGUGGUCUGCGUGGGGCUGUGGUGUGUGUGACGUUACUGGAUCGGCUGAAGGGGGAUCAGUUGAGCUGCCCUCACGAUGUUCUUCAAGGUUACCAACUACGUCCUCAGAUACUGGUUGGCCACUACAUCAAACAGCAGCUGAAGGCCACAGCUCUGAAAGUAUAAAACUAAGAGCAACAUUCAUUUCACUGGUACACAGCAAGCGUACAUCUGAAUCCAGGAGGCUUUUCCUUACACUGAACACAUGCUGCAUUUCACUUACUGAGCUUUAAUCACUCCUGGGUAUAUGCACUCCAGCUCAUCAGUAGCCAAACCUUUUAAUGUGUCUUAUCACUGUGUUUUGAUAUUUUGCGCAGCCUUGUGCUGUAGUUACGCAUAUUGAUGUCAACUGUCCCAUAUUCAGGUUCACUUUGUCUUUUUUCUUAUGAAUUAUUUAACUAAAAUUUAAAUGCAAUAUAGAACCCGUCAGGCUGACACUGUUUUCUAUUAUGUAUAAAGUUCUUUUUCCUGUAAAACUUGAACCAGAAUCAUCUUAUGUGAAAUGUGUCUUAUUUAAAUAGUGAUUGAAAAUGAUUACUGUAGAUAAAGUAGUAUUGUAAUAUGCGCAUAACAUAAUAUAUGUAUAUUUAUAUAUAUAUAUAUAUGUGUGUGUAUAUUUACAUAUUUAUAUAUACAUAUGUAUUUAAGGAUUACACCUCUUUGUUGUUUCUAGAGGUUUCGUUCAGAAAAAUAAAGCCUUGUACAGUC